AUGCUACGCUCACUCCUCUCGCUAGGUCGGUCUUCGGACUACUUCGUUCCUCGGGUGAACCCAGCGCUAGAUGGGGCCGAUUGUCUAAAGGACUGCGCGGACUGCACAACACAUUUUCCUUCCAAGGUGAAGGUGGAAAAUUUGCGGCCCCUCUACGGCCACAUCAAAGAGUUCAACGCACACGUUCUCGUUGCGACGGGCCAAUCCGAUUGGAAGGAAAAGGUCGAGCAUGAGAAGGGUAGUUUAAUGGAGGCGUUCCAUCAGUCCUCGGCGGAAUCGGCUCUCGGGCGAAUUAUGGUCUCCGCGUCGAAUCUCCACAUCCCGGACGAGAAAACCGGCGAGCAAUCAAAAGAACGCACGUCGGUGCUUAUUCUACCGUCUUUCACAUUUGUGGACUCUGUUUCUCAAGCCGACGUUCCCAGCCUCGUCCAUAAAUAUAUCGAUAAUGCCAGAGAGGAGAAGAACGGUAGCAAUGGUGUUGCCUCUCUAGAUCACGGUAUGACAACUCGACCGUGCGAGCUAGACUACGUGAUCUUGCUCUGCUCGCACCGAAGACGGGACGCGCGCUGUGGAAUAACGGCUCCAUUAAUCAAGCGCGAGUUGGAGAGGCAUCUUCGGCCUUUGGGAUUAGAUCGCGAUGCAGAUGACUCUCGUCCUGGCGGUGCAGGAAUCUUCUUCGUCUCGCAUGUUGGCGGGCACAAGUUUUCUGCAAAUGUACUUGUGUACCGGAAGAAAGAUCAACAGAUGAUUUGGCUGGCGCGUGUACGACCGGAGCAUUGUGAGGGAAUUAUCAAAUAUACUAUUCUUCAAGGGAAGGUGGUUCACCCCGAUACACAACUGAGAGGUGGCUUUGACCGUUUAAAAGGGGUUACGAGUUGGUGA